UUAUUUUUUAUGUGUCAUCCCUAUAUCUAGUGACAUUUUUGUCAUUUAUUGUGGUAGUGAAACUAGAGUUAUACGCAUGCUCGAGAAAAUCUAUCUUUUAAUCCUUGUUUAGAAAGAUGGCAGACAACAAACUGUAUGAAAUAUUAGGUGUUAGCAGAAAUGCCUCAGAUAGCGAAAUAAAAAAGCAAUAUAGGAAAUUAGCAAAGGAAUUUCAUCCCGACAAAAAUCCAGCUGCAGGAGACAAGUUUAAGGAAAUAAGUUAUGCGUACGAAAUUCUUUCUGACUCAAAAAAACGAUCUUUAUACGACAAAGUUGGCCUUAAGGGAAUGCAAGAAGGUGCCCAGGAUGGAUUCGGUGGCGAUCACUUAUUUUCACAUCUUUUCGGAGGUGGUUUAUUCGGUGGCUUUGGAGGAUUAGGUGGUGGUGGAUCACGAAGAAGACAAAGAGGUGAGGACACUAUACAUCCAUUAAAAGUGACCCUAGAAGAUAUGUAUAAUGGAAAAACAUCCAAGCUGCAACUUAGUAAAAAUGUCAUAUGUGUAACUUGUGCUGGAAAAGGAUCUAAAAGUGGUAACACAGAAAGAUGCCAAACUUGUAACGGUUGUGGUUUAAAGGUUACAUAUCGCCAAAUUGCUCCUGGAAUGGCUCAACAGACCCAAACACGCUGUCCCGAUUGCUUAGGAGAAGGUGAGAAAAUUAAUGAAAAAGAUAGAUGCACUACAUGCAAAGGAAAGAAAGUGUGUAAUGAAACGAAGAUUUUGGAAGUUCAUAUUGAUAAAGGUAUGAAAGAAAAUCAAAAAAUUUUCUUUAGAGGUGAAGGUGAUCAACAACCUGAUAUGGAACCAGGUGAUGUUGUUAUUAUUUUACAACAGAAACCUCACGAAAAAUUUCAGAGAAACGGUGAUGAUUUGUAUUUUAAACAUACUAUAACCUUAACUGAAGCACUAUGUGGAUUUUCUUUUGUUAUUCAUCAUUUAGAUGGAAGGGACAUUCUUGUAAAACAUCCACCUGGAGAUGUGAUUAAACCAGGAGGUGUCAAAUGUGUUAUGAACGAGGGUAUGCCUCAUUAUAAAAAUCCAUUUGAAAAGGGAAACUUGUAUAUACCGUUCGAGAUUAAAUUUCCAGAAAAUCAUUUUACCAAUGAGACCAAUUUAAAAGCUCUAGAAACCUUAUUACCUCCUAGAUCCGAAUUUACAAUGCCUUUUGGGGAUCACGUAGAAGAGGUUGAUUUACACGAUUUUGACCCAUCCGAUAAGGGUAAUUACUCUAGGAAUGAAGCAUAUGCUAGUGAUGAUGAAGAACAAAUGCAUGGGUCUGGUCUACAAUGUGCACAUCAAUAGAAUAAUUUUUUUUUAUUGCAAAUCUGUAUGUUGUUCUGUGCUUCUUUCUGAAUAAGGAUAUUUAACUUUAAAUUGAUCUGUAGAAAGAUGAAUUUGGAUUUAGAGUCGACUACUAUUUAUUUGUAUUUAAAUUACGGCAACUUCAGAUUGCAGUUUAUAUCUUUUUUUUUUGUCGCAUUAUUCUCAUAUUUAUUGCAUUGUACACUUCUGUUAUUCAAAUUGUGUCAACAAUAAGGAUUUUAUUUGCAAACAGGAUACUUUUUAUUGGUGGAAUUGAAACUUGUUGAUGUAUAUAAAUUGACAGUUCAAUUAAUUCUUUUUUAUGAAAAAAAAACCAUUACUUCUGACUAGUAUAUGUAGUAUAUACAUUUAAUUUACCUAUAAUUUAUAUUUUUCUCUGUGUACAAUAAUUUAAAUAAAGUAAUGUUUUAUAGACAAUUUUUAUUAUAUUUCUUCUUCAGGUGUAUUUCUUUAAUUACUUAAGGCUCCCAAGAGGUUUAUCAAAAUCUUAACAGGUGCAUUGGGUCCAGACUCAUAUCUUCUAGGUAAUAUAUUUUUUGAAUUGAAAUUUUUAUUUUUACAUGUAUGUAAUUUCGAAUUGUGUUUAGCAAAAUAAAAAGCGAUUUAUUAUAUUAAUUGAAGAAAGCUAUAUUUUCAAAAUAAUGAAAAUAUAUUCAGGUUUGGUUCUAGAACCCCAAACAAAAGAAAUGGUACAUAAAUAUACAAAUUUACUGCAAAUUAAAAAUAGUAGUAAGGAACGCAAAAAAAUUAAAAUAUACAAGGGUUGACUGAAAAGCUUCUGACAUAAGGGGUCAACUAUAAAUUACGUCACACGAAUUGUAUGAUUUUUUUGGUAUGGGAUAUUAUAAGUACUUUUGAAUCAUUUUUAUGACGCACCACGAAAUAUUUUACUAUUGCCGAAGAAAAUAUUUAAAUUUUACAUCAAUGUAAAUUAAUUAAACAUUUCACUAAAAAAUUCAAUGACUGACAAAAAGUUUUCUCUAUUUUUUUUCUGUUUUACCAUAUGUUAAUAUUUUUGUCAACAUUCAAAACGUCUCGUAAGCCAUUCCAUUUGGGUUUACGAUUAUAACGUUCUGGACUAAGUGGAACGGGAAAAAUCGUGUACGUGAGUGCUUAGUGGAAUGCGCCCAAUAUAAUAUUAAAUUAAGAUCGUCUUCAAAUUGAAAUUACUAUGGAACGCAAAUUUUUUGAUUGGGUGGAAAGUUAAAAAUAUGUCACGUGAUCUAAUUCAUUAAACAUUGCCAUAAGUCAACUGUCAAAAAUGUCAACUUUUGUAAGUUUUUACAGUGUAUUUUUUAAAGUCUUAAUUGAUGCACAAAACCUCAUAAAGUUUUGAAAUUUUUGAGUUAAUUGUUAAUAAUUUUUAUUCAUAUUUAUAUAUGCAAUGCAGUAAAUAAACAUUUUAUGUCUAUGUUUAUCUUAUUGAUGCUGAGUUUUAUAAGGAAACAAUUUCAAAUUUUAACGGAAACUUUUAAUACAUUAUUAAGUCGAUACUAUGGAACAACUUUCAAACAACGGUAGUAGUUUAAUAAAUCAAACAUCAAUAUGUUCAAACAUGAGAGAAUUGAUUGAAGCCAUUAAUGAAUACAUAAAAACGAAAACAGAUAGUAGUACUGAAAUAAUCAACAAGUUUCUUCAA